CCCGGCGUGGUCGCGGCCACCCGGUCGCUAGUUUUGCUGUGUGUACGUGUACAGACAGCUAGUUAUAUGUGGCCGCAUGAUAUGAUGAUCAAGCAGAAUCCACAUGAAUAAAAGCAAGUAAAGCAACAUUGGAUUUGUCUGAUUGCAUAAUGGAUCUGCUCCCAAAGACAUCAUCAGACAUUGAUUCUGCUCAGUACUGGGAAUCUUUGCUCAAGAAACAUAGAAACCAGGCAUUCGAGUGGUAUGGGGAAUACCCUAAUCUUUGCGGCAUUCUGCACAAGUAUAUCCGCACAAGCGACAAGACCCUCGUAGUUGGAUGUGGUAACUCUCGGCUCAGCGAGGACCUGUAUGAUGUCGGGUACCACCAGCUUGUCAACAUCGAUGAUGUCGACAGUGUUGUCAAGCAGAAGACCAUGAAGAAUGCCAAGCAGAGACCGAAGAUGAAGUUUGAGCGAAUGGAUGUAACCCAGAUGACUUACGAGGAUUCUUCAUUCACUGUGGUGCUCGACAGAGGUAACCUCGAUGCUCGUAUGACUGACCAGGGUCAAGAAACUGUUGCCUCUGUUGAGAAGACGUUUGGAGAGAUUGGCCGAGUUCUCAAAGUCGGAGGGCGCUAUGUCUGCAUCACGCUGGCUCAGGAGCAUCUCAUCAGAAAACUACUAGGCCACUUCUCAUCUGAAGGAUGGAUGGUGAGAAUACACAAGAUAGACACACCAAACCAAGAUGAAGGGUCUGAAUCGAGCUCACCUAUGCCCAUCUUCAUAGUGGUGUCCACCAAGUUCAAAAAGAUGGCAGCAACACAGAGUCCAAUCUUGGAGCUGAGCUUAUCAGAAGGGAGGAGCCCAGAGAGAGUAUCAUCUAUAGAGGAUGUCAUGAAAGCCAUCAAAAGCCAACAAGACUAUGCUAUGUUACAACACAGCUUACACAAGAGGUCGUUCUGCGAUGAAUCUCUGUCUUUAGACCUCUACGCACCCAGCAAUGAGAACCCUCGCUUCACUCUCUACAUUGUGGAUAAACCUAAGGGGAGAGUACCAGCUAACAAGUUUGCCAUCUUCAUUGUACCACAAGGAAGAGAGACAGAGUACCUCUUCGGUACAGACAGAGGAAGAGGGCAGUUAGCCGAUCAAGCAGGCUUUCAGCGUCUGGUCGUGGUGACGCUCCAUCGAGGCCAUCUGUAUCAAUCGAUAGAUAGCAUCAAGACAGAGCUCUCGUCCAAAGUGAUGGAGCUUAAACCUUCGGAGCUGCCCUCUAACACCCAGGUUCCAUUCCUCUCUAUCGGUGAGGAUGUGGGUGACAGGGAGGUCAGAUACGAAGCAGAGGGUUCCCAUGGCAACAUGGUCAUCGUGGAGGAUGUGAGAGGAGAAGAUGGAGGGAUGUAUCGUCAGAUCAUCUUCUCAUCCAACCCAAACAUCGUCCAAUCACAGGCCAAGCUUGUCACUGAAAAGCCUAGAUCAAAGAGUGGGAAGAAGAGAGGAAAAGCCGUGACCAGGGUCGACCACCUCUACCUUUCCAUGACUUUCCAUCGCAUCAUGACAGCUGGACUAGCUCUGAUCCCAGGGUGCCUGGACCUGCUCAGGACCAGGGCCAGAGGGCUCCUCAUUGGACUAGGGGGUGGUGGUCUUCCAAUGUUCCUCUACAAACAAUUCCCAAAGCUGGAGUUAGAUGUGGUGGAGCUGGACCCCAUGCUGAAAGACGUAGCCAAGUCCUGGUUUGGCCUGGUUGAAGACGAGAGACUCAGAAUCCACAUACAAGAUGGUCUAGACUUCAUCAAGUCUGCUGCUCAGAAGGAUCCGCCCAGCCUGUACAAUGUAGUCCUGUUUGAUGUCGACAGCAAGGAUAGCACCAAGGGUCUUAGCUGUCCUCCUAAGGCCUUUGUGGAACCAGUCGUCUUGGAGAGGGUCAAGAGAAUACUGCAUCCUACACAAGGUAUAUUUAUCCUCAACUUUGCCUGUCGUGAUGACGUCCUGAAGGAAUCGGUCAUGUCUGAGAUUCAAACACACUUCCCUUCUGUUUACACUAGUCCUAUGGAGGAUGACAUCAAUGAAAUCGUCCACUGUCUUCCGCAGCGGACAAGCGAUGGCGCUGACAAGAUGAAGGUGCAAUAUAGGGAUGGGGCACGUUCACUCCAGAAGUACGCUAAGUCGGUAUCGUCACGCUGGGAAUCAGACUUUGAUCUUUGUGAGAUUAUGGACGAUUUGCAGAUAAAGGAUGAAAGGUGACCCCACUUGCACAAUUCAGACUUAGUUUUUAAAAAUGAUGGAUUAGACUCCCUUACACAGGUGUAAGUGAUUGUGGAACUACGUGCCAGUGUUACAAUGCACAGGUCUUCCAUGAUGCUUGUAUCAUUCAACAGACUCUAACAGAAAGCAGACUAUUGAAGGGCAGCUGAGCUGCAUGUCAUGAAAGAAUACUUCCCCAAUCCCUCUUCAGGGCAUUCUGAAAAAGAAUUUGCGAAGCUGCAGGCCCCAUUUCAGCAAUUCUUACUAUCGGCCAAUCUGGUUUUUCCAAGCAGAAACCUGCAUUGUUCUGGAGAGAGUCUGUUGCAAGCAAAGAGUGAUUAUGUAACGGGCAUAUCAGAACCCAGAGGACUCGGUGUGAUGGUAGCAUGCUAGUCUGCCAGAUGCAUGGCAUGUCAUCAGAACCCACAGGACUCGGUGUGAUGGUAGCAUGCUAGCCUGCCAGAUGCAUGGCAUGUCAUCAGAACCAGAUAGACACAUGCUCCUUAUCUUCCUUUUUUUUCUAGACACACCCAUGUACAUCCCAGGGCCCUGUUGCACAACACUUACCAUUGAUGGUAUCUUUGCGAUCAAUGGUAACUACCAUGGAAACCUUGAUUUUGAUUGGCUGUUGAGCCCUGUUACCAUGGUAGUUCCCAUUGAUGGCAAAGUUAUUAUCAAUGGUAAGUUUUAUGCAACGAGGCCCUGGAAAUGAUAACAGACAAAAAUGGAAUCCCCAAGAUAAGGAGAUGAGUGUAUUUAUGAGCACAACAGAUAUAUCAGGCAAAUACAGUAAAUCCAGUGUUUGUUGUCUUCUUUUAAUUAAAGCUAGUUGAACAAAUUUGGUUAUUGAUUUGUCUUCCAACAACUUGAUGCAACAAAAACAAACAAAGCAAAUCAAAUCAAUGACCACUUUCAUCCCUCUGUAUUACCUUUACUACACAUCUUGCAAUUCUCUCUUUAUUUGACACACAAGAAAUUACAAAUUUAAUGCAUUUCUCUUUGAAUUUAUUCAAAUAUAUAUAUAUACAUGUAUAUACAAUAACAAAAACAAUUCUGACAAGCUUAAUUUAUGGUACUUAUUGUAACAGUGAUAAAAACUAUUCUUUUCCUCGAAGUUAAAUUCCUUGACAAAAUCAGUGAUUGGUUUACAUGAUUUUGUAUGUUGUACUAAAAAGGAAUUAUUUAUUUCUUUGUUCCUAUUCAUGAAGUCUAAUUGGUUUUUACAAUGUAAUAAAGAUAAUUUUAUUCCCUACAAGAAAUGAGA